AGCCGGGUCUCCGAGGCCGGCCGUCACACGCUCCUGCAUCACCAUCACCAUGAACACCUUAGUACUCGUCCUCCUGGGUGUGGUCGCCCUGGUCGCCGCCAGACCUGACGUCGACCUCGACGAAAUCCACCAGGAACAGAACAUCGACGACGACAACACCAUCACGGGCUCCUACAGGUGGACGUCUCCUGAAGGCGUGGAAUACUUCGUCAAGUACAUCGCUGACGAAGACGGUUACCGCGUCCUGGAGUCCAACGCCGUUCCCGCCACCGCUGACGGCGUCAGGGCUGACGGCGCUCAGGGAUCCUUCGUGUCCUCCGAGGACGACGACGACGACGACAGGAAGUAAACAGCAGCAGCAUCCUGCAGGAGAUGUGCUCCCUUGAUCACCACGGGAAGGGAUGUCUUCGAUUGUCGAGACCUUGCUACUGUGGAAGGGAGGGAGGAGAUGUGAGGCAGGUGAGGGAGUAUCUCCCUCACUCUCAUUCCUCCUCCACUCUGCUCUCUCAUCUCCCUCACUUUGACUCUGUAAAUAUUUAAUAUUGAUAUGUAUAUAAAAAUAUAAAAAUAGUAAUUCUA